AUGAACAUCGUUCUGGGGCUCCCUCAGACUCAAAAGAAAUUUGACGUUGUAUGGGUGAUUAUGGAUAGGUUGACCAAGUCAGCUCAUUUUAUUCCGGUGGUGACUAUCUAUUCUUCAGAACAGCUGGCUCAGAUCUAUAUCCGCAAGAUUGUCCGACUUCAUGGUGUUCCGAUAUCCAUCAUCUCUGACUGGGGCACGUUGUUAACAUCGCACUUCUGUAGAGCCGUACAUCCAUCAUCUGCCCUAACAACCAGCUCGGGAAUAGAACAGGUAAAAAUGUCUGGCUCAGUAAACAAAGUUGAGAACGACCGUCUCGAAGAUCACGGGGAAAAUGGUAUAACUAUCCCGGCCGCCGGAGCACCACUACAGGAUCCCGAUAACACACCCGGACCAAUACUACUGGAUGCGGACUCACAGGACGCACAGCAAGUCAACGAAACUUCUCACACCGACAAAAGCGCACAACAACUAGCCAUUACUCAGUUGCAAAGCCAUCCGAGGGCCCCCAAUGUAGCAGCACCGGAAAUAGCUUCCCCCGACGAAUGCACCGCCGCUCACGCAUGCACAAAGAAAAAUAGCGACUUCCAAGAUGACCCCGCUACAGAAACAUACGCCGAUGUCAUCGAAGCAGCAACGGCGGAAACCGACAAGUCGGAGGCCGAACAAAGAAAGGAAGAAACACAAGAAGUCGCAUCUUGCUCCCUGGUAGGACGAAUGAGAUCGCAUCCGGUUUCAGGUGAACAGAAAACCCUGGCCUUUGCUUGGGGUCUAAACAGAGCAUACCCGCCGAUCCCAGGUCGUUUCAAACGACGUUUAGCCAGAUACCAAGCCGAGACUUGGCCAUGCAUCCGUAUCCAGCACCGGCUACUAAUCGGGGCCAUGAGUGACCAUCCAAAAACCUUUGCAGAAAUAGCAAACCUAAGCAUGCCUUCCACGAAGAAACUAAUGCCAAACGGAUGGAGAUACCGUCCACGCGCCGCUAAUGGGAGGAACGCCUCAAGAUCCAACCUACCUCGCAACGGUAGGGGAAUAGUUCGAGGGCGACAUCCUCGGGGAACCUCCAGCAGACAAACCUCAUCCGGCAAAGUACGGGCUCAACAUUGUUAUGCCAAAUAUCCUAGUCACCAUAAGCGAAACCGGGAAUGCUGA